CGAGCGAGUGUGGGGCCGUUUGUCAUUCUGGCAGGACACACUCCCACGAGAAACUUACCCACUCGGCUCCACGGACUUGUUGCUGCCUUUACCGAAGUAGUUUAGGAGCGUUCACGGAUCUAUUCUUUUCCAAUACUCCACACAGUCCACGGAGAAGUGCUUUUUGUGGUUGAAAAAGCGAUCGCCGCGUGUUGGGAGACUCUCGGGCGAUAGCGAGGCACCGGGAGAAACAAAAACACGAGGACUGACCUCGCCCUGACCCAAUUGGGAGUGGACAAUGGCGCUGAACGAUGCCAGCGCUGACCCUCCAGCCUUCACCAACGGGGGGCGCCACUCUCGCUCCUGUGGCAGUGGGCACUCGUCUCCUAAAUCUAGCACAGCAGUUUGCAAUGGCCAAGACCCUCUAACUGCAGCCUCCAGCGGGGACUCUAUCACAGCUGACAAUGAUGACGAUAGUAGUAGCAUCAAGAAGGGCCAAGAAAAUCCUCCAGUUGGCCACAAAGUGAUCAAACCAAACCAAAAUGGCAGCGUUGUGAAGCAGAAUGGAUCAUUAAAACACAUCUCGACACAAAAGUUGACCAAAUGCCAACAGUCUUUGCCCAUCCAGCACAGAAGUGUAUGUUGCCAGCAGUGUCACUACCCCUCCACGCUGCGUUGUCCCUGUGGUCAGCCAGACUGUCCUCUGUUUAAAACCAGCCCAGGGCCCUGUACUCUGCCCCCUGCUGGUAACGCCCCAAACUGCCCCUGCUGUGCCCCGGCCUGCACCUACCCGCCCCACCUCAACCCAACGCUCUGUGCACAGCAGCGCCACCAGCAGCAGAGGUGGCAGGAGCAGGUCCACAGUCAUGCGCAUGGGCCAAACAUCAGCCCUGUUCGUCCUUUUCGAUUCCCCAAAAGUUAUGCAGAACUGAUUGCUGAUUGGCCGGUGGUAGUUCUCGGCGUGUGUACAGUCCUCAUUGUGGUGUGUGCUCUGGUGGGCAUCCUGGUGCCUGACCUGCCUGAUUUCUCCGACCCCCUGCUGGGUUUUGAGCCUCGGGGAACAGAGAUCGGGCAGAGGCUGGUCACAUGGAACAACAUGGUGAAGAACACUGGCUACAAAGCCACACUGGCUAACUACCCGUAUAAAUAUGCCGAUGAGCAGGCCAAGAGUCACCAGGAGCCCCGUUGGACUGAGGACCGUUACGACCGUGAUAAGAGACAAGCAGAAUGGGACUUCAGUAAGGACUACUUCUGCGAUGUCCCAGGCGACCGUUACUCGAGGCUGGUGUUCUCGUCAGCGGAGGGGAAGAACCUGUGGAACACUCAGGCCAUCAAAUCCAUGUGUCAACUGGACAACACCAAGGUGAGGUCCCACAGAGACUACUGGAGCCUGUGCCAGCGCACCAAUGAUGCCUCCUGCUGCCCCAGCUGGACUCUGGGAAACUAUGUGGCAGUGCUGACAAACCAAACGUCUUGUCUGGAAAUAUCAGACCGAAAUGUGUCCCACACGCUGAAGAUCCUCCGCUCCUGUGCCAAAUAUUACCACAAUGGCACACUGGGCCCGGACUGCUGGGAUAUGGCCCUGCGCCGAAAAGACCGCAAAUGUGCCAAUGUGCCCCGCAAGUGCACAAAGUAUAACGCUGUGUACCAGAUCCUGCACUUCCUGGUGGACAAAGACUUCCUCAGCCCCAAAAGCCUGGACCACCCCCCUCCAGUGCUCAAAUACAGCAUGCUCUUCUCCCCCACAGAGAAGGGAGAGUCCAUGAUGAACAUUUACCUGGACAAUUUCGAGAACUGGAACGCCUCAGAUGGCAUCACCACGAUAACAGGAAUUGAGUUUGGGAUCAAGCAUGAUCUGUUUCAGGACUACCUCCUCACGGACACGGUGUACCCGGCCAUCGCUAUAGUGAUUGUUCUGCUUGUGAUGUGUGUGUACACGCGGUCAGUCUUCAUCACUCUCAUGACCAUCAUUGCCAUCAUCAGCUCCCUCAUCGUCUCUUACUUCUUGUAUCGCCUCAUCUUUAACUUUGAGUUCUUUCCUUUCAUGAACCUGACUGCACUCAUUAUCCUGGUGGGCAUAGGAGCGGACGAUGCCUUUGUCCUUUGUGAUGUGUGGAACUACACAAAGUUUGACAAACCUCACGCAGACCUCUCUGAAACAGUUAGCGUCACUUUACAACAUGCGGCGCUGUCCAUGUUUGUCACCAGUUUCACUACAGCUGCUGCUUUCUAUGCAAAUUAUGUGAGCAACAUCACUGCCAUUCGCUGCUUCGGCGUUUAUGCUGGUACCGCCAUUUUGGUGAACUACAUCCUGAUGGUGACGUGGCUGCCUGCUGUAGUGGUGCUGAAUGAACGCUAUCUUCCCAAUAUAUUUUCCUGUUCAAAUCCUCCACACCAGCAGAGGGCACACUGUGUCAGAUGGUGGGCAGGGCUGUGUCAGAAGGCCAGUAAAUGCCUCUUCGCUGUAUCAGAGGCUUCACGCAUAUUCUUCGAAAAGGUGCUGCCGUGCAUUGUCAUUAAACUGCGUUACCUGUGGUUGCUCUGGUUCCUGGCUCUCACAGUGGGUGGGGCGUAUGUGGUGUGCGUGAACCCAAAGAUGAAACUGCCAUCUCUGGAACUGGCAGAGUUCCAAGUUUUUCGCUCGUCUCACCCAUUUGAGCGCUACGAUGUUGAAUUCAAGAAGCUUUUCAUGUUUGAGAGAGUGCACCAUGGAGAGGACCUGCACAUGCCCAUUACCAUCAUUUGGGGUGUGACUCCAGUGGACAAAGGGGACCCCCUGAACCCCAAGAAUAAGGGCAAACUCAUCCUGGACGAAAGCUUCAACAUCGCCAGUCCGGCCGCUCAGCUUUGGAUCCUCAACUUCUGCCAAAAGCUCCGCAACCAGAGUUUUGUGUUCCAGAGCGAAGGGCAGGACUUCACCAGCUGCUUCAUCGAGACGUUCAAACAGUGGAUGGAGAACCAUGACUGUGAGGAGGCGUCCGUGUACCCCUGCUGUAGCCAGUCUACAUUCCCAUAUAAACAGGAUGUGUUUGAGCUGUGCAUGAAGAGAGCCAUUAUGGAGUUAGACCGAACCACCAACUACCACCUGGCCCGGAAGACCCCCGGGCCGCGCUUUGACAUCAACGACACCAUAAGAGCCAUUGUCCUGGAGUUUCAGAGCACCUAUCUCUUCACACUGGCCUACGAGAAGAUGUACCAGUUUUAUCAAGAGGUGGAUGCGUGGAUUUCGGAGGAGCUGCGCUCUGCCCCUGCAGGCCUGAGUCAUGGCUGGUUCAUCAGUAACCUGGAGUUCUAUGACCUGCAGGACAGUCUUUCAGGUGGCACCUUGGUUGCUAUGGCGUUGUCAGUUGCUGUGGCAUUCAGUGUGAUGUUGUUGACCACAUGGAACAUCAUCAUCAGCCUGUAUGCCAUCCUGUCCAUCGCAGGGACCAUCUUUGUGACUGUGGGGUCCCUGGUGCUGCUGGGCUGGGAGCUGAAUGUGCUGGAGUCUGUCACUAUCUCUGUGGCUGUGGGUCUGUCUGUGGACUUUGCCGUUCACUAUGGCGUGGCCUAUCGUUUGGCCCCAGAGCCUGACCGUGAGGGAAAGGUUGUCUUUUCCCUGUCCCGCAUGGGCUCAGCCAUCGCCAUGGCAGCGCUCACCACAUUUGUGGCAGGGGCGAUGAUGAUGCCCUCCACAGUGUUGGCCUACACACAGCUAGGCACCUUCAUGAUGCUCAUCAUGUGCAUCAGCUGGGCAUUCGCCACCUUCUUCUUCCAGUGUCUGUGCCGUUGCCUGGGCCCCCAGGGCUCCUGUGGUCAGAUCCCCCUCCCCCGCUGUCUGCGCCUCCACACUCUGUCCCCUCCAGCUCCCGACAAGUACCAACUGGACUCCAGUGUCCAGGCAGAGCACUAUGAACUAGAACCGCUCGCCUCGGACCCCAAGGACAAGCCUCCAGAGCCACAGUCUAACGGGGCCCCUCCAAACAGUGGGCCCUACUACAGCACACUGCCCCUCUGCCACUACUGCUCCUGUGGAGAGCGCCCUCACUGGACCCCCCAAACAGACCAGGACCCUCUCUACACUCAGUACGUCCAGUGUUCUCCAACCCCCCAGCAUCAUCAGGGGCGAGCUGGCUGCCCCAACAGAAAGCACUGCAGUCCCCCUCACAACAACCACCACUCUACCUGUGUACCACCUGUGUCCACCCCCCACGUCCCUCAGUGCCCAGCCGAGGACCACCCUAGCCCCACCCCACACACACACCUGGACCCCCCCUGCCCACCCUCACACACACACUUGGACCCCCCCUGCCCACCCUCACACACACACUUGGACAGCGGGCAGUGCCCCCCCUCAUGCUGUAAACAGACUCAGAGCUCAGAGGUCUGGGACAGAAGCAUGUCUCCUAACAGGCUUCACAGUAAGAGCAGGACUGAGAGUAAGUGCAAUUCAAAACUGAACUUAAGUCAGACUAAAGCUGAGGCCAGUCACAGCACAGCGCCCCCUACAGAGACUUUGUGUUAAGGCCUUCAGAAGUGCCUCAGGCCAUUUCAGAGUUUACGUAUUUAUAUUCCACAUGUGCCACACUGUUUGGUUUGUUGCUAAGGCUAUGCCCACACUUCGGCAAUGGUUUACAGAAGAGCGUUAGACACUUAGUCUGAACUGCAGUGACGUUUUAGAUCUCACUUUGAUCAGUGCUAAAGGAUAUCCACAAGUUUCCUCAAGUCCUUGCUAACAUUUGUGUUUAUGAACGCACAGCUGACGUUUGCAGUCUCUCACUAUACAAUAGACUACACAAUAGUCUUAUGAUUUUGUGUGUACUUACCCAUAAUGUUAUCAAAACAACAAAAAUGUGCCACUUUUUUACAGCUGAUCCAAAUCGUUGCCUGACACUUUGUGGAAAACAGACAUUAAUGUGCUUUAUGUCUGUGCAUGCCUCAGAUUACAGAACUAUGUGAUUAAAAUUACU